GCGCAGCCCGCCCCGGCGCCGGCCCGCUGGGUCCUGGGAAUCGCUGGUUCGCUUUGCCUCCCUCGCUUGUACAAACUCCUGGACCUCACAUGCCUCUGUAACCCCCCACUUCCGCUCCAUGUCCCAUGCUCCUGCGCCGGCAACAGGACCUGUUCUCUGGAUGUCAGCUGAGUUACUAAGGUGACUCUGCAUGUCAAGAGACAGACCUUGGUAGCCAGAACCUCAAGGCCCCUGGAUACCCCAUCCCUCCUUCUUUUUUUGUGCGUGUGGGUCCUCACUGAACAUUCAAACCUGUUUCUCCAAAGGGUUUUGCAAAAACUCAGACUGUUUCCCAAAGCAGAAGCGCUGGCGUCCGCAGCAGAAGCGAUGGGCAGCGUGCGCACCAACCGCUACAGCAUCGUCUCUUCGGAGGAGGACGGCAUGAAGCUGGCCACCCUGGCGGUGGCCAACGGAUUCGGGAACGGCAAGAGCAAAGUCCACACCCGCCAGCAGUGCAGGAGCCGCUUCGUGAAGAAGGACGGACACUGCAACGUGCAGUUCAUCAACGUGGGCGAGAAGGGCCAGCGGUACCUGGCCGACAUCUUCACCACGUGCGUGGACAUCCGCUGGCGGUGGAUGCUGGUCAUCUUCUGCCUGGCUUUUGUGCUCUCCUGGCUCUUCUUCGGCUGUGUGUUUUGGUUGAUCGCGCUGCUCCACGGGGACCUGGACGCGUCCAAGGAGAGCAAAGCCUGCGUGUCCGAGGUCAACAGCUUCACGGCCGCCUUCCUUUUCUCCAUCGAGACGCAGACCACCAUCGGCUACGGCUUCCGCUGCGUCACGGACGAGUGCCCCGUGGCCGUCUUCAUGGUGGUCUUCCAGUCCAUCGUGGGCUGCAUCAUCGACGCCUUCAUCAUCGGCGCGGUGAUGGCCAAGAUGGCCAAGCCCAAGAAGAGAAACGAGACGCUGGUCUUCAGCCACAACGCUGUGAUCGCCAUGAGGGACGGCAAGCUCUGCCUCAUGUGGCGGGUGGGCAACCUCCGGAAGAGCCACUUGGUGGAAGCGCACGUGCGUGCGCAGCUCCUCAAGUCCAGAAUCACCUCCGAGGGGGAGUACAUCCCCCUGGAUCAGAUAGACAUCAACGUGGGCUUUGACAGCGGCAUCGACCGCAUAUUUCUGGUGUCUCCCAUCACCAUCGUCCACGAGAUCGACGAGGACAGUCCUUUGUACGAUCUGAGCAAGCAGGACAUUGACAACGCAGACUUUGAGAUCGUGGUCAUCCUUGAGGGGAUGGUGGAGGCCACCGCCAUGACCACGCAGUGCCGGAGCUCGUACCUGGCCAACGAGAUCCUCUGGGGUCACCGCUACGAGCCGGUCCUCUUCGAGGAGAAACAGUACUACAAAGUGGACUACUCCCGGUUCCACAAGACCUACGAAGUCCCCAGCACGCCCCUGUGCAGCGCUAGGGACUUAGCGGAGAAGAAAUACAUCCUGUCGAACGCUAACUCGUUUUGCUAUGAAAAUGAGGUCGCCCUCACAAGCAAAGAGGAAGACGACAGCGAGAACGGGGUCCCCGAGAGCACAAGCACGGACACGCCCCCGGACAUAGACCUGCACAACCAGGCCAGUGUACCUCUAGAGCCCAGGCCGUUACGACGGGAGUCGGAGAUAUGACUGAGUCCUCCUGGGGAGUGCUUCCUCUGAAACACGGUCUGUUGGUCAAAGGUCCAAAACAGUUACGCACACGACGGUACCAGGGGCAGGUGGUUCGAGGCGAGUGACCCCAAGGGACUGGGGCUAGCGCGGUGGUGUUAGAGAAAGACUGUAAGCGCAAAGAUGAACCUAAAGCACUAAACAGGCCUCCCCGUGACCCGAAGGCGCAUAACACGUUGUAGAAUAAGUUAUGGGGUGUUUGUGUUUGUGUUUUGUGUUUUGAACCAAACUUGAACUUGCAGGCAAGCCUUGGUUGGUGGGGUGUCUGACUUCUCCAGAAUGCUUCUCUUUGGGGAACAAGAAUGUUUUUAAAUGGCAUCACAUUUUUCAAUGUUUUAAAGGCAAGACUCUGCCUUAACUUUUUAAAAGCUGCUAACUACACCAACACGCGUCGUAUUGUUGCAGUGUAGUUUUUUUUUUU